AUGAUGCCCUUCACCUUCGACCUUCGAACUCUCCCUUCCAAUACCCCCUCCUCCUCUGUAUCACCCGCCUCAUCACCGCAUUCCACGCCAGGCCUCUUCAAGAUCAAUCUCGUUCCGCUCAAGGCUUCCGAGUCCAACUUCCAGAGCAGUCCAUUGCUCGUCUCAACCUCCGUGUGCACACCAUCCUUUUGGCAUGAGUAUUGCUUGCGGUCCGCUCCACAGUCUCGCACGGCUUCAUCCUUGCUCUCGUACCAUGCUCUUGCUUCCGUCGAUACCUCCGCCUCCUCUGUAUCAUCCUCCUCCUCAGCAUCUCGCUCUCAUGCACUCCCUCUCCUUCUCCUUGCUUGUUGCCUUGUCAUUGACUCUCCCACCCUUUGCUGA